AUAAGUAGAGAAAUCUAUGCCAACGGAUUUGACCUACUAAUAUAUUAUCAAUAAGGAACAGUAAAAUGGCGAAAGUCGGCGUUCUGUUUCUUCUUCUAAUCGUUACGACCGGUGUAACAGUACAAGGGGCAUCACUGAAAUGUCGACAAUGCCAUGAUGUGAGACACCCAUCAGAAUGUACGAAGUUCGUUCAUUGUCAUGAUUCCUGUAUAACUAGAGUUCGUAAGUCAAAUCAUGGUGAAUACCUCUUCACAUAUGACUGCGUACAACAACAUAUAUGUUCAGCUCCACAUACCGGUGUGUGUAGGCAAUGCUGUUACGCAACGAACUGUGAUCAAACUACAUGUUCUCAAUAUUUCAAAUCCGCAUUAACGCAUGCGCCCAAACCUACAACUGUAAGAACAACAACAAUAACUACUACACAAAAACCAUCAACUUCCUCUCCAACCCAAAAAACUGAAUCCACAACAACAACAACAACAUUAGCAACAACAACAGAACAAAUUGUAUCAAAAGGAUGUAACAAUCUCAAUGUAUUGGAAAGUCUAGCAAAGGGAGUAAGCGUAUCACAUCCUGGCACUCAACCAUGCCCGGACGGUACCCACCAACCUAGCGAGGCCCUUAUUCAGGAGUAUUGCGGUGCUCCUUCAGUCACACAGUGGGCUUCAGGAGUAAAUGUCAUGAAGAACUGUCCUAGAAUUCCCCGUUAUGCUGCAAUAGCGGCUUCUACGGCAACGUUCGGGGGUUCAACAGUGGCUGGUGUAUUUCUGCAAUGUGAACCGAACGGAUUUCAGGUGGUUAUGCAAACGUGUGGGACAGAACUUGGACUUCGGCAUAUCUCAACAAACUCUACAACAACAGCUAUACCAAGCGCGGAUAAGUUUGUUGUUAUACACUGGUAGAGGUUUUUAUUAAUGUACAACUGUCCAUAUGUUUAUAAAUAAAACGCAUGGUAAAGAAAG